AUGGGGAAUACCAUAUCAUACUCUACCACAAAGUGUGAAGUCGUUCUUCCAGAGCGAGGACGGAUCUCUGGUUUACAGUUCGAUGACAAGUCACGUCGAUUUGCAGGCAUACCUUACGCACAGCCUCCUACAGGGGACCUGAGAUGGCGGAAACCCGAGUCUUUUCCUUCUGUUUAUAAAUAUUCAUCAAGAAAUGGCCCAUAUGAUGCUAGCGAGUUUGGACCGGUCUGCCCUCAGCCAAAUUACUCAAAGGUGGUCAGCGACCAUGUCCCAAAGCAUAUUUACGACGAAGAUUGUCUUCGUUUAAAUAUUUGGGCACCUGUUCCUGAUCCUCAAAACCCAAACAAGAAAUGGCCCGUCAUGGUCUGGUUCCACGGCGGCUGGUUUCAGGUCGGAGAUCCCAGCCAGGAAGCCAGUAUGGAUCCAACAGAUCUGAUCUCCAACGGUAAUCUCCAAGCUGUGUUCGUUGCUGUGGGAUAUCGACUAAAUGUUUUCGGCUUCCUUGCCUCCAAUUCUCUGCUGGAAGAGUCGAACGGGGCAUCCACGGGCAACUACGGCCUCUGGGAUCAGCGGUGUGCAAUUGACUGGGUCUACGAGAAUAUUGAGGCCUUUGGUGGAGAUUCCAAAAAUGUCCAUUUGACAGGCCGGAGUGCAGGUGCCUACUCAGUCCUGGCUCAGACUUUAUAUGACUUCCGUUCAGCGGGUAGUGAUCACUUCCGAUCUAUGGUCAUGUAUUCUAAUGCCAUUCCAACACAGCCCAAAACGCCCGAAGAGUGUGAACCACAGUUUGAAGAGCUGUGCAAGUACUUUGAUGCUCCGCCAGCAGCAAAUGCGCGAGAAAAACUCCAUUUCCUUCGUGGGAUAAGUGCCCAAGACCUGUGCGCCGGAAUUAUGAGCCUCGAGAAUCAUACUUUCCGCCCCGUAACAGACGAACUAUUCAUUCACCAAGGGAUAUUCGACUACUACAACGAUGGGUCUUUCGCGAAAGAGUUCAAGCGACGAAAUCUGCGAAUCUACAUUGGCGAGGUCCUCAAUGAAGAGACCCUAUACGCAGCUACAAACGGCCCAGACGCGAACAUAGCAUCGCUCCAGAAACAAAUCGCCAAUUACUACCCUCCUUCAACAACAAAGCGUCUUAUAGAGCACUAUCACCUUCCAAAGUCAGACAAAAAGCAAGAAUGGGCAGAUAUAUUCGGAAAGAUCAUCGCGGAUGGCCAGGUCAGGGCUCCAUCGCGGUAUCUUGUCAAAGUUCUCGUGGAUAAUGGUGUUGAUAUGGCACAUAUUUGGCGCUAUUUGAUUGCAUAUCGACUAUCAUUCAUCACAGAGGAGGUUGCCCCAGCAUCGUUCGGAGUUACACAUGCUAUGGAUCGGCCUAUUUGGAAUUACUCGAUCACUCACGGGCCCAAUCCAAGCGAGCUUCAGUUGAUGUCGGCUUGGAUACAGGAUCUUCGUGCCUUUAUCCACGGUGAGAAGGGCUACGAUUAUGGAACUUCCGCUCCAGAGCAAUACAAGGUUAUGACUGACGAAGGAAAAAUUGUUGUUCAAAAUGAUACCAAGUGGGAGGAGUUGAUAGGGGCGAUGGAUCUGUUUUCGGGAGUUUGA